CCUUUGUUGUAUCGACUAACUGUUACUGGACCUCAUAGUUGUAUUAAUGGGCCGAGCUUCAACAUUACCGCCCAAAAUUCUAAAGCCCAAUUAGCGCUCGGAAAAACCCUAACCCUAAUCUCCCUUCACAAAACCUUCACUUUCAACCCUACCUCUCUCACUCUACACCCCGCAGACGGACGCACCACCAGAUCCCCGCUCAUCAUGCCGUUCAAGAGGUACGUGGAGAUCGGAAGGGUAGCCCUCGUUAAUUAUGGCGAGGACUAUGGCAAGCUUGUCGUCAUUGUAGAUGUCAUCGAUCAGAACCGGGCCCUUGUCGAUUCCCCUGAUAUGGUACGUAGUCAGAUGAACUUCAAGAGACUUUCUCUUACAGACAUCAAGAUUGACAUCAAAAGAGUUCCAAAGAAGAAAGCUCUUGUUGCUGCUAUGGAGGCUGCUGAUGUCAAAGGCAAAUGGGAAAAGAGCUCAUGGGGAAGGAAGCUCAUUGUUCAGAAGAGGAGGGCCUCUCUCAAUGACUUUGACCGCUUCAAGCUGAUGCUUGCCAAAAUCAAGAAGGCUGGUGUUGUCAGGCAGGAGCUUGCGAAACUUAAGAAAGAGACCGCAUCUUAGAAAGUAUAAUUUCUGUGGUUUAUGAGAAUUUGGCUUAGUAUUUUGGAAAUUGUUCUUGAAUACUUUGCAACAGUAAGGAUGCUUCAAUUUUGCCUAUUUAUGUUUGAACUUCAAAGUUUUAUAUUUUGUUGGUUGAAUUUGGCGUCAA